AUCACCCAUCCAACUCCUCUUUCACUCUCUCUCCGCAUAUACGUCUGCGAAUCUGUAUCUCUACGCACAUAUAUAAAGACACGGAGGUAUAGAUCAAUCGAUCGAACAGAUCUCAGUCAGAAUCAAUGGCUUCAGCUGGGAAUCCUAACCAAGCAGGUGGAGGAGGAGGAGGAGGCCCAUUCGAUUUACAUAAGUUCUUCAAACCUUCGCCGUCUGUGCCUUCUUCAGCGUCGGGGAAUCCCAAUGCCCAAAACCCUAACAACCAUAAUUUGAUUAGUUCGUCGGCGUUUCCUCUGCCCUCUGCUUCAUACCCACCUCCCACCGGAGGAGGGGGCGGCGGGCCUUUUGCUUACCAGCCUCAGACCGUUCCAUUCCGCCCCCACGCUCAGUACCACCUCCACAUCCCUCAGUACAGCGGCCAGGCGCCACAAGUGGACGGACAGUUCUCCAAUUUACACCAACAGAGAUCCAUUUCUUUUCCUACUCAGCCCGUCCAACCCCCUCCUGCGAAUCCUCACCUGUUUCAGAACCCAAAUAGUAACCAGAAUUCUGGUGUUCAACUCAUGGCUAUGUUGAGCCCGCCUCCUCCCACUCAUGAAAUCCAGCAACAAUCCCCAAUUCCCGGAAUCCAGCCUACCACAUCUGGGUCUGAUCUUUCUGAUUUUUCAGCACCAACUAGUGUUCCUUUGCUGCACUCAGUACCCAAUAUAGACAACGUGCAUGCCGGUUCAGAUCCUAUGCGGUUGAAAAGCAAUAAGUUGCCUAAAGGAAGGCAUUUGAUCGGUGACCAGAUUGUAUAUGAUAUCGAUGCUAGAUUGCCUGGUGAGGUGCAGCCUCAACUUGAAGUCAAUCCCAUUACUAAGUACAAUUCCGAACCUGUGCUUGCUUUAGGCCGUCAAAUUACAGUGAAUAAGCCAUAUAUAUGCUAUGGACUCAAGCUUGGAAAUAUACGGGUCCUUAACAGCCAUACUGCAUUGCGGGCAUUGCUUAGAGGUCAUGUUCAGAGGGUUUCAGAUAUGGCUUUUUUUGCAGAGGAUGUUCACCUUUUAGCAAGUGCAAGUAUUGAUGGGCGGGUUUAUAUAUGGAAAAUCACUGAAGGGCCAGAUGAUGAAGGCAAGCCGCAGAUAACAGAGAAGGUAGUUGUUGCUAUUAAAUUUAUUGGAGAAGGAGAAUCAACUCAUCCACGAGUAUGCUGGCAUUGUCACAAACAAGAAAUUCUUGUUGUUGGUAUUGGAAAAAGAGUGUUAAGAAUUGAUACCACAAAAGUUGGAAAAGGUGAAGUAUUUUCAGCAGAAGAGGCACUAGGAUGUCCAGUUGACCGUUUGGUUGAAGGUGUCCAGCUUGUAGGUAUCCACGAUGGAGAAGUCACUGACUUAUCGAUGUCUCAGUGGAUGACUACCCGGCUUGUAUCUGCUUCAGUGGAUGGCACGGUAAAAGUUUGGGAGGACCGCAAAUCAACACCAAUUGCUGUAUUGAGGCCUCAUGAUGGGCUGCCUAUAAAUUCUGUUACAUUUUUGGCUGCUCCAAAUCAUCCAGAUCACAUCAUACUAAUCACUGGGGGCCCACUUAAUCAAGAAAUCAAGAUAUGGUCAUCAAGGAGUGAAGAUGGCUGGUUACUUCCAAGUGAUUCUGAAUCAUGGCAAUGUACACAGACUUUGGAGUUGAAGAGUUCGACUGAAUCUCAAGUUGGCGAAGCUUUUUUCAAUCAAGUUGUGGCUUUGUCUCAAGCUGGUCUGCUGUUAUUGGCUAAUGCUAAAAAGAAUGCUAUAUAUGUGGUGCAUUUAGAUUAUGGUCCUAACCCAGCAGCAAGUAGGAUGGAUUACAUUGCAGAGUUUACUGUCACCAUGCCAAUACUUAGUUUUACUGGGGCAAGUGACAUAUUACCACACGGUGACCAGAAAGUUCGGGUUUAUUGUGUUCAGACACAAGCCAUUCAGCAAUAUACUUUGGAGUUAUCUCAGUGUUUACCUCCUCCAUUAGAGAAUAUCAUGUUUGAUAGGUUAGAAUCUAGUGCCUCACGCGAUGGAACUAGUGUUGAAGGAUUUUCUCAGAUGGAAACUUCUGGAAGUAAACCAAUAGAGUUACCUAUAUCUGUUAGUUCUGCACCAAAGCUACCGCCAAGUGAAACUAGUUCUCAGAGUGCACCAUCUGGGAGACGUUAUCUGAGCCCUGCUGGUACUGAGAUAACCACUUCACAAGGGUUUGCUACUUAUAGCUUGGAAAGUAAUCCAGACACCAUCUCUGUCACAAAUACUGAUGCGGAUGUUGUACCUGAUUCAUCUGCUCCACUUCCUGCGAGUCCUAGGUUACCUCAUGAACUCUCUGGUUUCAGAAGUUCUUCAAACAGCUUUGAAUCCACCCCUAUUAGUGAUCAUGGGGGUGAUUCAAAAGUGGUUGAAUAUUCUGUAGACAGGCAAAUGGAUCCCAUCCAUGCCUAUUCGUCUGAUGUAGGCUCCUUCAUUGACGAUGCUAAGAGUGAUGAAAUCAAGGCUUUCCAUGGAGAUGCUUCCUCAGGUCUCAAUCACCCCGUAAAGUUCAAGCAGCCCACUCAUCUGGUUACUCCUGAGUUAUUGAGGGACUCAUCUUCUGAAAUGAAUCACAUUGUUGAGCAGAAGAGUGAUGAAAUACAAGAUGUGAUGAUGAACAAUGAAGCAAGGAACGUAGAAGUGGAAGUUAAGGUUGUUGGUGAAUCACGAUUUAAUCAAUAUAGUGGCAUCGGUUCUCUAGGAAAACUGCAGGAUUUUGUAUCAGACAAUAAGGAUAAAACAUUUUGCUCUCAAGCAUCUGAUCUUGGUAUGGAAAUGGCAAGAGACUGCUCUGCAUUGUCACCAGAAACCUAUAUCACUGAGGAUUCUAGGCAAUGUGAUGGGGCCAUUGUAAGUGAGAAUUUGGUCCAAUCAGCAAGUAACCAAGAGGAGCAAGGCUCUACAAAUAAUGUCUCUGGAAGGGAAUUAGAUGCAAAAAUGCCUGCCCCUGUUAUACAACCAACUGAAGCUAGUGCAAAAGGAAAAAGACCAAAAGGGAAGAAUUCUCAGAGUCAUGUGCCACCAUUGGAAUUGCCUAGUUCUUCUGAAACAACAGAUUCCUCAACUGAAACAGGUGUCACAGUAAGUAUCUCCUCCAUGGAAGCUGCAUUUUCCCAGCUUUCGUUGAUGCAAGAUAGUCUGAAUCAGCUCAUGACAAUGCAAAAAGAAAGUCAGAAGCAGAUGGGGACGAUGGUUGCCAAUCCAGUUAACAAAGAAGGAAAACGGCUUGAGGCAGCCAUGGGACGCAGCAUGGAGAAAUUUACUAAGACCAACAUUGAUGCUUUAUGGGCUCGUUUUCAAGAAGAAUUUACAAAGCAUGAGAAGUUAUCACGUGACCGUACUCAACAGAUUACUAAUUUAAUCUCAAACUGUGUGAACAAGGAUGUUUCAGUAGUAGUGGAAAAAAUAGUGAAGAAGGAAAUAGGUUCUGUUGGACAAGCUGUUGCACGAACUUUAACUCCUAUUAUAGAGAAAGCACUGUCCUCGACUCUUUAUGAAUUUCAUCAGAAGAGUGUGGGUGACAAAACAGUGAGUCAACUGGAAAAAGCAAUCUAUUCCAAACUCGAAGCCACUGUGGCCAGACAACUCCAGGCACAGUUUCAAACUUCUGGAAAGCAAGCGCUUCAGGAAUCAUUAAAAUCAACUCUUGAAGCUUCAGUAAUCCCUGCAUUCGACAUGUCAUGCAAGGCAAUGUUUGAGCAGGUUGAUGCUACAUUUCAAAAAGGAAUGGCUGAACAUGCUGCUGCAGUUCAACAACAAAUUGAGUCCCUGCAUUCUCCUUUGGCACAUGCUUUAAGGGAUGCAGUCAAUUCAGCGUCAUCACUGACUCAAACACUAAAUGGUGAGCUUGCUGAAGGUCUAAGAAAACUGCUGGCUUUAGUAAAUUCCGAAGCAACAAAUCCAAUUGUCGGGCAAUUAUGUAAUGGUCCCAUGCUCCAAAUUGAAAAGUUUGAGGCACCCCCAGAUCCAACGAAGGACUUAUCUAGAUUGUUAGCAGAGCAGAAGUAUGCGGAGGCUUUCACUUCCGCUUUGCAAAGAAGUGACGUGUCUAUUGUAUCAUGGCUAUGCUCUCAGGUUGAUUUACUUGGAAUCGUGAUGAGGAAUCCUUCCCCUUUGAGUCAAGGAGUACUCUUAUCACUUCUCCAGCAGCUCGCAUGUGAUAUUAGCAAUGAGACAAGCAAGAAACUAACUUGGAUGACGCAUGUGCUGUCAGCGAUCAACCCAAGUGACCCGAUGAUUGCCAUGCAUGUACGCCCCAUCUUUGAGCAAGUCUUUGGCAUUGUGAACCACCACUACGGCCUUCCAACCACCACUGUAUCCGAGCAAACCAACAUUCGGAUAAUUCAGAUGGUAAUAAAGUCCGUGUGCCAACUGUAAAUGAAUUUCUACACCCACAGCAUGUCCAAGAUCUGCCCAACCCAGAAGAAGGUUGUACAUAUCCU